AUGUCUGGCUCCGUUGCCUCCUUGGGCUCAGCGCCCUAUGCAGCUGCAGUGGGCGUCGCUGUAGUCUUCUACUUCAUUAUCUACCCUUUUGUUCUCUACCUCAAGGACCCCAAGGGUCUAAGGCGCUUCCCUAACAUGUCCCCGUUCUCCGGCAUGUCUAACCUUCCCUUCAUGAUCCUCGCUCAUGGGGGCGCACGGUCGACUCAUCUCGCGAAAUUACACAAGACGAAGCCCAUUAUCAGAACGGGGCCAAACUCAUUGUCCUUCGCCGGCGGUCAAGCCAUCAAAGAUAUUUAUGGUCAUGGAACUCCCUGUACAAAGGACAAAUCAUACAUCGUAGGAGCCGGAACUCAUUUUCACCUGGCCGAUGUUGUCGACAAACACGACCACGCUCGAAAGCGAAAGGUCCUGUCAUCUGCUUACGCACUCAAAAACCUCGAGGGUUGGGAGUACAAGGUCGCGGAUAAGGUGCAGCGAAUGAUGGACCAUUUUGAUAAGGUCUGCACAGCUCCUUUGCGCAAGGGUGCCAGGUUUCCCGACCCCCAAGACGUCAAUGUCGACUUCCGCGCCUGGUCCAACUUUUUCUCCCUCGACGCCAUCGCCGACAUUGGCCUUUCGGAGAAACUUGGUCUUCUUGAUCAAGGUCACGAUCGUGUGGAAGCCCAGCAGACUUGCGGUGCUGUCUAUGAAACUAAUCUACGCGAAUGCCUUUAUCCCACCGCACGCAAGCAGUCCUAUCUUCUUUGGACCUACGACCAUUACAAGUUGCUCAAUAAGAUUUCCAACGUCAUUCCUUUCUAUCAAAAGAUGUCAGAAUCGGCGAAGGGCUGGGAUGAUAUUGUAUUGCGACGAGCUCAAAUCCGAUUAGAUCGAUACCAGAAGGGAGAAAAGCUUGACGACUUUUUUCAGGCGCUCAUGGAGGACAAGAACGGUAACUCUCAUGAGCUUGAAUGGGGCGAAGUUGUUGCCGAAAUCAACAUUAUGAUGAACGCCGGAAGCGUCACGACUGCUAUUGCCUUAGCCAACAUUCUUUAUCAGUUGAUCCUCAACCCUAGGGUAAUGGAGCUCCUGCGACACGAACUUGACUCUGUCCUAGAGCCCGAUGAGGUGGUCGCGCCCUACGAAAAGGUUAAGCACCUUCCCUACCUUCGCGCCUGUCUCGAUGAGUCGCUUCGCCUCUGGCCCCCGACUCCUCAGAAUCUUGGUCGUCAGACCCCUCCUGAAGGCUUGACGAUUAUGGGCCAGUAUAUUCCGGGCAACACAUCUGUUGGUGUGUCUGCUCUUGUGGCGCAUCGUGACGAGAGCAUUUAUCCCGAGUCAGAAAAAUUCAUUCCUGAACGAUUCUUGGGCGAAAAGGGCAAGGAACUGCAGUCUCACUUUAUUACUUUCUCAGCUGGUGCUCGAGGUUGCAUUGGGCGUAAUAUCUCUUAUCUUGAACAAGCUGUUUGCCUUGCUUCAAUAGUUCACCGGUAUGAGUUUGCCCUACCAGCAGGCUUUGAACUGAAGAGAGAGGAGACAAUGAACCACAUCCUGGGGCCUAUGCCUGUCAAGGUGUGGAAAAGGAAUUUAGAGGAGUAA